AUACUUGUUUUAAUGUCUUGAAAUGACAAGACUGUCAGCUCAAUUCGGACAAGUUCUCAAUUUGUGAUUUUGUAUUUUUACUGGGCGUGUGUUUAUUUUAUUCAAGUUAAAGUCUUAUUAACGAUUUAAAUGAAUUAUUUUGAUUUAGUAAAUUGGUUGGCUGUGAAUUUAAAAAUUAAAAACUAAUUAUCAUUUUUUUAGUUCAAGAAUGUUGAGAGGAAGAGUAAAACAUUUAUUGCACUGUGCUGCAUUCUUGUGUUUUAUAUUUUUAUUCCUCGUAUUUGCUGGAGCAGUGAACUUAGAUGACAAAGAAAAAGAAAUAGUUGAUCCUUGGGAAUCAUAUGGUAUACAUGGCACUAUUAUAUUGUAUGUCCUGAGACUUUUAACAUUAUUGACAAUACCUCAAGUUCUCUGUAAUUUUUUUGGAUUGAUAAUUUUUAAUGCAUUCCCUGGAAAAGUAAAAUUGAAGGGAUCACCAUUACUAGCACCUUUUAUUUGCAUCAGAGUAGUCACAAGGGGAGACUUUCCGAAACUUGUAAGAGACAAUGUAACAAGAAAUAUGAACUUGUGCCUUGGAGUGGGGAUGGAAAACUUUAUGAUUGAGGUUGUCACCGAUAAAGCAAUAAAUCUGCCCAAACACAGGAGAGUAAGGGAAGUUGUAGUGCCAUCAGAAUACAAGACUAAGACAGGUGCUUUAUUUAAAUCACGAGCCCUACAGUACUGUUUGGAAGAUGAUGUAAAUAUACUGACUGGGACAGACUGGAUUGUACAUUUAGAUGAGGAAACAUUAUUGACUGAGAACUCUGUAUGUGGUAUAUUGAAUUUUGUGAUGGAUGGCCAACAUCAAUUUGGCCAAGGUCUUAUUACAUAUGCUAAUGAAAGUAUUGUGAACUGGCUUACAACACUUGCUGAUAGCUUCCGUGUCGCAGAUGAUAUGGGAAAACUCCGAUUUCAGUUUUACAUUUUCCACAAACCACUAUUUAGUUGGAAAGGAUCUUAUGUAGUGACCCAGGUAAAUGCUGAGAAAAAAGUAUCAUUUGAUAAUGGAUUGGAUGGAUCAGUGGCUGAAGACUGUUACUUCGCAAUGAAGGCCUACAUGCAAGGUUAUACUUUUAACUUUGUUGAAGGUGAGAUGUGGGAGAAGUCUCCCUUCACAUUAUGGGAUUUCAUCCAGCAGCGAAAAAGGUGGAUCCAAGGUAUACUUUUAGUAGUUCAUUCAAAGGAAAUACCUAUUGUUCAUAAAAUGUUUUUAGCAAUAUCAUGUUAUUCAUGGGUAACAUUGCCACUUUCAACAAGCAAUGUCUUACUAAAUGCUCUUUGUCCCAUUCCUUGUCCACACUAUUUGGACUUGUUGUGUGGCUUUAUAGGUGCUGUAAAUAUUUACAUGUACAUUUUUGGUGUUAUCAAAUCAUUCCCCAUUCAUAGAUUUGGUCCAUUGAAAUUUUUCUUGUUCAUUUGUGGAGCAUUGGCUACCAUUCCACUGAAUGUUGUAAUUGAAAAUAUAGCCGUAAUAUGGGGGGUUCUCGGUAAAAAACACAAAUUUUAUAUAGUCAAUAAAGAGAUAAAGAUCCCAGUGACUGUAUGAUUCAUUAUUUAAAGUAGUAUAAAGCUUUAUUAUCAUUGUUACUAGAUAAGUGCACAAAUACUUAAUGGAAUAUUCCUGCACUCAAAGAAUGUAUGAUGUUGAUAAGGAGCAAGGAUUUUCUUUAAGUAAAAAGGAUAAGAAUAUUUUGAAAUUUAUACAAUUUAUGAUUAAUACCUAGCUUUUGUUACCAAAGGAUUAAAUUAAGGAGUAAAUAGAUCUAAAUUUUGAGGAGUACCUAUUAAAAUGAAUACUUGAUUGAGUAUUUAAAAUGUAUACUUAAUUGAGUAUUUAAAGAAAUUAACGAAUUUUGUUUAAGAUGAUUGUUUUAAUGAAAAAAUCUCAUUACAAAUAGUAUAGAAUGAGAUACUGAAUUUUUUAUUUUAUUUUUUGUUGUUUACUGAUUUUGUAUCUAAUCGAAUAAAUAGUAAAUACCAUUAAAAUAAUGUAAUAUUUUAUUCAUCUUUUUAAAACAAUC